GCAAACUUCUGCACUUUUUAGAAUAAUGAAUCUGUUAAAACGGAUUUGCGUUGCCUUCGUUGUGGUUUCGAUGGAGUGUCAUUAGUUUUAGCUAACUAAAAAACUUGACUUGUUCGCAAGUAAGGUAAAUGAUUUAUCCAUAACGUGUAGCUUAACGCUAGCCAGCUAGCAGAGCUUAGCUAAAGACAUAGCAGCUAGCAGCAUGGGCGAUAUAACUCCCAGGUUCGGCAACAUGAAGGCUUUGUUAGGAUUAGUUGCCGGAGCUGGAGCCUCUUAUGGCAUAUACAAACUUAUUAGUUUCAAGAGGAACAAGAAAAAUGCCACAGGUGAGAAUCCUGGGGUUAAAGGCAGUCAGCAAAGUGAAGUGAAGAUACAACCGGGGAGUCUGCUGGCCAGAGUGUCCGGACUGGAUGUUAUCUGUCCCCGACCAGCAGAUACGGCAUCAGGGGACAUCAUCCACCAGUCCCCUGACAACCUGGAGCCACAGCACUUGAAAAUGCUCCUGUCCUGUUUGCAGACCAGCAAUAAUCCCUCCGACAGGUGUCGGAUUCUUCUUACAUUAGGAAACAGUGCUGCCUUCACUGUGAAUCAGAAUCUAAUACGGGAAUUUGAAGGGAUUCAUAUCAUAGCUGGGUUCCUUUCUGAUCCUGCGCCUGAAGUUAGGGUGCAGACUCUGAAUGCUUUAAAUAACCUCUGUAUGAACAUCCAGAACCAGGAACAAAUAAAGGUUUAUGUUCCACAAGUGCUGGAACUCAUUGAGAUGUCACCAGUGAACUCGGACCUUCAGCUCGGUGCUCUGCGGCUGCUCACAAACCUUUCAGUAACAGACAAACAUCAACACUUGCUGAAGGAAUCCGUUACUCUUUUACUGUCCUUGCUGGUCGUGAGCAAUGAAGCCUUACAGGUUCAGACUCUGAAAGUCCUCGUGAAUUUGUCAUCGAACCCAGAUAUGAUGGAUGACAUCGUUCAAGCUCAGGCGCCAGCUUCCGUGGUGCUGCUAUUUGAUGAACGAACAGCUCCUGCAGUGCUUCUCCGUCUGCUGACCUUUGCAGGGAACCUGAAGGCCUGGAGGCCAUCAGCCCAAGUGGCUGAUGAACUGAGGCGCAAACAAGAUUGCCUCUUCCGGGUCAUGCUAGACGAAUCCUCCCAGCUACACGGCAGAUUGGUUCAGCUGCUUUCACACCCGGAUGGAGAGAUCCAGGCCCAGGUCGCCCGUAUCUUGACGUAGACCUCCUUCCCUGCAUCCCAUUAUGCUUCCAAAACCACCAACCAUCACAUCACCAUCGCAUUUCCCCUCUUAACUUGUAUGUAAGUUGCCAUUAAUCUUGUAGACGAGUAGGCUAUGUGUAGCCUAAAGCUUGAUUUGGAGAUCUCUGGGAAAUCUGUCCCCCAACUUGCGUAGCAGCAUCGACAUGUAAAAAGGAUUAAAAUGGGGCUCCAGUUAUGACGUAGAUCGGACGCAGAAGUAUAAUUCAUGUGUACGUGUGGAUGCACUGCUUGCACUCCUUCCAUAUCUGCAGCGUUCCUUGAAUCUGUAUUUUCAAACACAGCUACAUAAUUUGUUCUACUUCACUGGCCACUCUUCCCUCAUUCUAGCGUCUAACACCACAAUUAACUGAUGGGCAAUAAGGGAGCAGGAAGCAGGAGGAACCCUUUCAUUCAGUGGAGUGCAAACAGGCCACCUCUUCCUGUUUUUCCUGCUGCCAGAGACUGUUUUCCUUCUAAAAUAUCCACAGUGCCCUAUUUUUCUUCUGAGAACUUUCCCCUAAGAA